AUGAGAAAGGGUUCGUCAGCAGAAGUUGUUAAAUUCCUUGAUAAAGAAGUUUUCCAUGUAUUCGGGGUACCCGAAUACAUUCAUUCCGACAACGGAAAGCGAUUCGUAUCAGAGACCUUCAAACCCUUUGCUGAAAGAUAUGGUACAAAACAUGUAAAAACUGCGCUUUAUUCGCCACAGGCGAAUGCUGCCGAAAGGGGGAAAGAUAACUUAAAACUGCCUCUUGUUAUAAUGGGGAUAAUAUCAAUGAUCGGGGGACUAACCAGUUUAAGGUUACCUGAAACACUUCAUGAACGCUUACCGCAAACGCUUGAAGAGGGGGAAAAUUUUGGUAAAGAAUGGUCACUUGAGAAUUGUGUGCGCUGCUAUUCUAAACAAAAAACAAUAUCACAUAUUGAGUCGUACGAAGAUUUGGAUCUUCUGCAAGCAAAAGUGCUUAAGGAGGCUAAAAUACAGACCGGUGAAGAAGUUGGAAACACACAGCCACAAGGGACCUCAAUAAAGCGUUUAAUGCGUCAAAUGAGUGUAAUGGAUACACAAAAAAAAAUUGAUGGGACAAUGCAAUUAACCCACUGGAUUUAG